AUGGAUGAAGAAGUGAACAAUCUUUUGACACCAAUUUAUUACAAUAUAGAAAAUCCGAGUUCUUUUUCCUCAGCUAGCAAACUUUAUCACAUUGUUAAUGCGGAUGGGAAAAAAAUUGGUUACCACAAAAUAAAGAGAUGGUUAAAUGCACAAGACAAUUAUUCCUUACAAAAAACUCCCAGGCGUUCUUUUAGAAGAUUACGUGUGUAUACAACAGGAAUUGGUAACUUAAUGGACGUCGACCUAAUGCAAGUAAGUAAUUUAUCACAAUGGAACUCUGGAUAUAAUUUUAUACUAGUUGCCAUCGAUUGCUUUAGUCGACGUCUUUGGAUGCAACCAUCAAAGAGUAAAAAAGGUGUUGACAUAGCCAAAGCUUUUGAAAAAAUUCUGCAAACAGCAAAGGUAGACAAGAUCCGCUCGGACGUUGAUGGAUGUUUCAAGUCAAAGGUUGUUCAAAAACUUUUCAAGGAAAGAGGAGUGCGACAUUUUGUAACUAAGAACGAGAUAAAAGCAAACUAUGCAGAGCGUGUGAUACAAACCAUAAAAAAUAAAUUUUAUCGUUACUUUACUAAAAAGAGAACGUAUCGGUACAUUGACAAUUUACAAAAAUUUGUAAAGAGCUACAAUGCAACACCACACAGGUCCCUAAACUAUAUUGCACCCAACGACGUUACACCGGAAAACGAAGCGGAUGUAUGGGUUCAACAAUACUUGAAUAAAAAGAAAUCUCCUGAUAAGAAGAGUCGGCCAAAUACCAAAAACCCACAAAAACUUAAAACCGAAGCAGAUUUGAAGAGAAAAAGAAGAUUGCAACGGCGGAAGAGUUACAAAUUUAAAAUCGGUUCUCUUGUUAGAAUUGCUUAUACGCGACACAUCUUUGACAGAAGUUAUAGUCAAAAAUGGACGGAUGAGAUCUUCAAAGUUGUACGGAGAUUUAAAAAACAGAACAUCAAGAUUUAUAAAUUGAGCUCUUUUUAUAACGAUGAGGAAAUUUCUGGUGAAUAUUAUUCUGCUGAACUUCAGGCUGUUGAUAAAUCAGAUGAAUCACUCUGGGUUGUAGAGAAAGUUCUGAAAAAGCGUAAAAGGCGAGAAAAGACCGAGUUUUUAUGUAAGUUUCAAGGUUGGCCUGAUAAGUAUAACCAAUACAUUCCCGAGGAAGACAUUCAAACAUUAUCAUGA